GGAACGGAAGUGCAGCUUCAUGGCGGACCGCGAGCUCGGAACUUGCUCUCCUGCAAUGCAGAGGUCAUGCAGGCGCCGUUUGCCGUGGUGUCCUCAUGUGUUCAUCGCAAGCUUGGCACCAUUCGAAGGCGGAGGUACUGCCCGUAUGAGGUAGCUUGCACCUUGGCCUUCGGGAGAGGCGUGAGAGUGGUGCAGCUAAGUUUCUGUGUACAUGAUCCUUGGAUUAUUUAACUUUGUCACAAACUUGAUGUGUGCUGCACCAGCUUUGGUGGUGUUGGCUGCCGGCAUUGCAGCAGGAAUCGUGCACAGCCGACGGGGAAACAUGAAAGGCUCUUUUCCGGAGGUCUGGACGGUGGAGGUGGCUGGCGGGGAGCCUGCGAGAAGCAAUCGGCCAGCAGUGGGUCCAACUUAUCGCCACUUGUCGGUGGGGAAGGGAGAUUUUCCUGAGCUGGGGAGCGCAGCCACUUUGUAUGAGCUCUUCAGCAACUCUGCAAUGAAAUAUGCCGACAUGCCGUGUCUUGGGCAGAGGAAAGUGGUGGACGGAAAGGCUGGCCCAUUUGAGUACCUGUCAUACAAGGAGGCCUUCCGACAAGCAAUCGUGCUGGCAGGGUCCUUGGAGUACAUCGGCGUUCAACCUCACAGCACGUGUGGCAUUUAUGGAGUCAACACCCCCACCUGGAUGCUGGCCAUGCAAGCGUGCAAUGCGCUCACUGUUUACUCUGUCCCGCUCUAUGACACGUUGGGCCCUCAAGCCAUCGAGUUUAUCAUCAACCAUGCCGAGAUUAGCACCAUCUUCAUCCAGGAGAGCAGUCUGUCCAAGUUAUUGGAGGCCCUGCCAAAGUGCAACAACCACGUGAAAGUUGUGAUCAGCUUGGGCAGUUUCAGUGCGGAGGCAAAGAGCACUCUCGAGGCAAGAGGACUGAAGGCAUAUGCGUUUGACGACCUUCUGGUCAUGGGAAGGGAGAAGCCUUUUGAGCCCCACGCUCCAAAUCCGGACGACAUCGCAACUAUCAUGUACACCAGCGGAACAACAGGAGAGCCGAAAGGCGUGGUUCUAAAGCACUCCAACCUGGUGUCGACGAUUGCGGGGCUCACCAAAGACCUCCAGUAUGCCAAGUUCUUCCUGUCGGAGCGUGACCUGUACUUGUCGUAUCUGCCGCUGGCGCACAUCUUCGGGCGGGUCGUCGAGGAGGCCAUGCUCUACCACGGGGCCGCCAUAGCGUAUUGGCAGGGUGACGUCAAGCUGCUGCUGGAUGACGUGGAUGCGGCCAAGCCCACCGUCUUCUGCGGAGUCCCCCGCGUGUUUGACCGCGUGUACAACGGAGCUACGGCGAAGGUGCAGGCGGGCAGCUUCAUCACAAAGCUACUGUACAAGUUUGGGUUUUCAAGGAAAAAGGCGGCCCUUGAUGGCGGCAGCAGCUUCGAGAAAGCGACGCCCUUUCUAGAUCACCUCGUCUUCUCGAAAUUUAAGCAGCGCCUCGGUGGCCGAGUACGUGUCAUCCUGUCAGGAGGAGCUCCCCUGGCACGCCACGUGGAGGAUUUCCUGCGGGUGACCAUGUGCUGCCCGGUCGUGCAGGGCUACGGCCUGACCGAGUCGUGCGCCGGCAGUUUCGUGGCGAUCCCCAACGCCAACCAGACGGGCACGGUGGGCGUGGUGUUCCCCAACCAGGAGUGCCGCCUCGAGGCCGUCCCCGACAUGGAAUACGACCCGCUCGGCACGCCCCCCCGGGGGGAGGUCUGCCUGCGGGGGCCCCCGAUCUUCACCGGGUACUACAAGCGGCCGGACCUGACCAAGGACGCGCUCGACGAAGAGGGUUGGCUGCACACUGGCGACGUGGGCGAGUGGCAGGCGGACGGCACGAUGAAGAUCAUCGACCGCAAGAAGAACAUGUUCAAGCUGGCGCAGGGCGAGUACGUGGCCGCCGAGAACCUGGAGAACGUCUACGGCUCCACCCCGGGGGUGGAAGCGAUCUGGGUGUACGGCAACAGUUACGAGUACGCAUUGGUGGCGGUGGUGGUCCCCCUGCAAGGUCCCCUCCAAGACUGGGCCGAGUCGCAGGGAAUCUCGCUCGAGUGGGAGCAGCUGUGCAGGGACCCCCGCACGAAGAAACACAUACUCGAGCAGCUGAAAACGACAGCGCAGGCGAAGAAGCUGAAGGGGUUCGAGUUCAUCAAAAAUCUCGUCGUUGAGCCUACGCCCCUCGAUAUGGAAAGGGAUCUAUUGACACCCACCUAUAAAAUCAAGCGACCUAAGAUGUUGAAGUAUUACCAGAAAGAGAUUGACAGCUUGUAUCAAGAAAUCAGGAACGAAGGCGCGAAGAAGUAGGUACCGUUGGAAAUGCGACAUGUAUAGAUUCUAGGGGUAGACGUUGCUCGCAGUUGCCGACAUUUGUAGACUCGUAGAAUAAACCUCGGUAGAAGUCGUCUCAUUAAUAAGUGAAGUUGCAAUUGUCUUUGAUACGGCUUGAUCUCUGUUAUCGAGAACCUGGCA